ACAUUUCUCCGGCCCGGGUCCAAUUUGUGCAAUCGCGUGACGUGAAUUUUGAAGUGUGUUUUGAUGCCAUCGGAUAAUGUUGGGCAGCAUUCGGGCCUGGUGUUACAAGGAUUUGGGCAUCGAGGAGCAAGGGUGCUGCAACUGGAGGAAGAAGUUAGCAGCGUCACAGGAGGCGGCGCUCGCUGACAAGGACGGCAAACCGAUGGGUCCGAAAAAGGGCAAGAAGGGCAGCCCGAGGCACCGAACUGGCCCACCUCCACCGGGGCCUUCGUCGUUGUUCAUCUUCGGCGAGGACAAUUUCAUUAGAAAAGCCACAAAAUUCAUCAUCGAAUGGCCACCCUUCGAGUACGCCGUGCUGCUGACAAUCAUCGCCAACUGCGUGGUCCUGGCCCUGGAAGAGCAUCUGCCCCAUGGGGACAAAACGGUGCUGGCCCAGAAGCUGGAACUGACCGAGAGCUACUUCCUGUGCAUCUUCACGGUGGAGGCCGCCCUCAAGAUUGUGGCUCUCGGACUGGUGCUCCAUGCGGAUUCCUACCUGCGCAACAUCUGGAACAUGAUGGAUUUCUUCGUAGUGUUUACCGGGCUCAUCACGUUGCUCCCACUUCCGCUCGAAAUAGAUCUCAGAACGUUAAGGUCGAUUCGUGUUUUGCGACCAUUAAAAUUAGUUUCUGGAGUUCCUAGUCUACAAGUUGUGUUAAAGUCCAUCAUCAAAGCCAUGGCUCCGUUGCUCCAGAUCGGGCUGCUGGUGUUGUUUGCAAUCGUUAUAUUUGCAAUUAUAGGAUUAGAAUUUUAUUCGGGUGCUUUGCACAAAAGUUGUUAUAGCUUAGAAGAUGCCUUUGAAAUAAUUGAAGAAGGUGACCUGCCAACGCCUUGCUACGAUGACGACGACACGAUGAACGUCGAACUGCCAGUCGGGGUGCACCUCUGCAAUCACAAUGAAACCGCCUGCAUCGAACAGUGGGAGGGUCCCAACUUCGGGAUCACCAACUUCGACAACAUCGGCUUCGCCAUGUUGACCGUGUUCCAGUGCAUCACCAUGGAGGGAUGGACGUCUACUAUGUAUUGGACCAAUGAUGCCCUAGGCUCAACGUUUAAUUGGAUAUAUUUUGUGCCUUUGAUUAUUAUCGGUUCAUUUUUCAUGCUCAACUUAGUUCUCGGUGUCCUCAGUGGUGAAUUUGCACGGGAGCGAGAAAAGGUGGAAAACCGGCAGGAGUUCUUGAAGUUGCGCCGCCAGCAACAGCUCGAAAAGGAAUUGAACGGAUUCGUCGAGUGGAUCUGCAAAGCGGAGGAAAUCAUUCUGGCCGAGGACCGAACCACCGAAGAGGAGCGCAUGUACAUAAUGGAAGCCCGCAAGAAAGCCGCCGCCAAGCGGAAAAAACUGAAAAAUCUCGGCAAAUCAAAAUCUUCGGAAACCGACGACGAAGACGCGACGACCGAGUCGGGUGACGAAGGCAUCCUCAAGAAGGAAAAGAAACCGGCCAAGUCGGGCUUUUGGCGCGCAGAGAAGCGCUUUCGGUACGGGAUCCGGCAUACCGUCAAAACCCAGUGGUUCUACUGGUUCGUGAUAGUGUUGGUGUUUCUGAAUACAAUCUGCGUGGCCGUUGAGCACUAUGGGCAGCCCAACUGGCUGUCCUUAUUUCUAUACUACGCCGAAUUUGUGUUCCUAGGCUUGUUCAUGUGCGAAAUGUUGAUCAAAAUCUAUGCGCUCGGACCACGGAUAUAUUUCGAGUCGGCGUUCAACCGCUUCGAUUGCAUAGUUAUCGCUGGUUCAAUCUUCGAGGUGGUUUGGUCCGCCUACAAAGAGGGUUCCUUCGGUAUUUCCGUGCUACGAGCCCUCCGGCUACUGCGCAUCUUCAAAGUCACCAAAUACUGGUCCUCGCUGCGCAACUUGGUCAUCUCUUUGCUCAGUUCUAUGCGUUCUAUUAUCUCGCUCCUGUUUUUGCUCUUUCUGUUCAUACUGAUAUUCGCGCUGCUCGGAAUGCAGCUAUUCGGGGGUCAGUUCAUCUUACCCGAAGGCACACCACCAACCAACUUCAAUACGUUCACCAUCUCACUGCUAACAGUGUUCCAGAUCCUCACCGGUGAGGAUUGGAACGAGGUCAUGUAUCUAGGCAUCAACUCCCAGGGUGGACACGAAAGUGGGAUGAUCUACUCACUGUACUUCAUCAUACUGACACUGUUCGGAAACUACACCCUGCUGAACGUGUUCUUGGCUAUCGCUGUCGAUAAUUUGGCGAACGCACAAGAACUGACCGCAGCAGAAGAGCAGCAGCAGGAACGAGACAAGCUGAAGCAGCAGAUGGAACUGGAGAAGGAGAUGGAAGCACUGCAGAAAGCGAAAGAAGGCACUCCGACCGCGGAGGAGGCGGAAGCCAAAAAGGAAGAGGAAGCCAAGAAGGAGGAGGAAAAGAAGGAGGCGGAAGAAGCGGAAGAGCAAGCGGAAGGUCCGAAACCAAUGCUGCCGUACUCGUGCAUGUUCAUAUUCUCGUCUACCAAUCCAAUGCGCCGCGCCGCACAUUGGGUAGUCAAUCUACAGUAUUUUGAUUUCUUCAUCAUGAUCGUCAUUUGUCUGUCGUCGAUUGCGUUAGCGGCGGAAGAUCCGGUCCAGGAAGAUGCACCCCGAAAUUUGGUGCUAAACAAUGUGGAUUACGCAUUUACUUGCGUAUUUGCGAUGGAAUUGCUGUUGAAGGUGAUCGAUUUGGGUGUAAUUCUGCAUCCUGGUAGCUAUCUACGCGAAAUUUGGAACAUCAUGGACGCUGCCGUCGUAGGCUGUGCGGUGAUCAGUAUCGGUUUCGACAUCAGUGGAAGUGAUGCGGCCGCCGAUUUGUCAACAAUCAAAUCACUCAGAGUAUUGCGAGUGUUGCGGCCGCUGAAAACCAUCAAGCGAGUUCCGAAGCUGAAGGCUGUGUUCGAUUGCGUUGUGGGAUCACUCAAAAAUGUCAUCAACAUUCUGAUCGUCUAUAUUCUGUUUCAGUUCAUCUUUGCUGUCAUCGCGGUGCAGUUGUUUAAUGGGAAAUUUUUCUUCUGCUCCGACGACAGCAAGCACAAUAGCAUCGACUGCCAAGGUUCGUAUUUCGUUUACGACGACGUGGACGGAAUGCCGCACCAUGCCAAACGAGAAUGGAAGACGCAAUACUUUCACUACGACAACGUGGCCACAGCCAUGCUUACACUGUUUGCUGUGCAAACGGGCGAGGGCUGGCCUCAAGUCCUUCAAAACUCCAUGGCAGCUACCUACGAGGAUCAGGGACCAAUCCAAAACUUCCGCAUCGAAAUGUCCAUCUUCUACGUCGUCUACUUCGUAGUGUUCCCAUUCUUCUUCGUCAACAUAUUCGUUGCCUUGAUUAUCAUCACCUUCCAGGAGCAGGGAGAAGCAGAACUGCAGGACGGAGAAAUCGAUAAGAAUCAGAAAUCCUGUAUCGAUUUCACGAUCGGUGCAAGGCCGUUGGAACGAUAUAUUCCUACCAAACAUAGCGGGUUUAAGUACACCGUUUGGAGGAUUAUAGUUUCUGCUCCGUUUGAGUACUUCAUUAUGUCGUUGAUUGUCUUCAACACACUUCUUCUGAUGCUUAAGUGCCAUAAUCAGAACAAAAAACUCGAAAACUUUAUGAAGUACCUGAACAUGAUAUUCACCGGGAUGUUCAGCGUGGAAACAGUACUGAAAAUCAUUGGUUUUGGAGCUAGGAACUUUUUCAAAGAUGCGUGGAACGUGUUCGAUUUGAUCACUGUCAUCGGCAGUAUAGUGGACGCAACGAUUCUGCUUCUCUGGGAAAAUUCGUUCAACGUCGGCUUUCUGCGGCUCUUUCGAGCGGCUCGUUUGAUCAAGCUGCUCCGUCAGGGUGACACCAUCCGGAUCCUGCUGUGGACCUUCGUUCAGUCCUUCAAAGCACUGCCAUACGUCUGCUUGCUAAUCGCCAUGUUGUUCUUCAUUUAUGCCAUUAUCGGAAUGCAGGUUUUUGGAAACAUCGAGCUAGAUCCAGACACUGCCAUUAGCAGACACAACAAUUUCAGAUCCUUUUUGGACGGUCUUAUGUUGUUAUUCAGGUGUGCCACCGGAGAAUCUUGGCCCAAUAUAAUGUUAGCCUGUCUGAAAGGAAGACCGUGUGAUCCUCGCGCAAACAAACCGAACGAGAAGUGCGGCUCCACGCUGGCCUACGCCUACUUCGUGUCGUUCAUUUUCUUCUGCUCAUUUUUGAUGUUGAACUUGUUCGUCGCUGUCAUUAUGGAUAACUUCGACUACCUUACUCGAGAUUCCAGUAUCCUGGGAGCCCAUCAUCUGGAUGAGUUCGUGAGGAUAUGGGCCGAGUACGAUCCUUCCGCUUCGGGUAAACUUCACUACACCGAAAUGUACGACAUGUUGAAAAACAUAGCUCCACCGUUAGGGUUCGGGAACAAAUGUCCGAAUCGGUUGGCGUACAAGAAGCUGAUACGAAUGAACAUGCCACUGGACGAGGAAGGGAGGGUGAGCUUUACCACGACACUAUUUGCGCUAAUUCGCGAAAAUUUGAGCAUCAAGAUGCGACCGGCGGAAGAAAUGGAUCAGGCCGAUAGCGAGUUGCGGGGAACCAUCAAACAAAUUUGGCCCAUCCAAGCGAAGAAGAUGAUCGAUCUGCUGGUACCGCCAAAAGAUAUGCUCAAUACCGGCAGGAUGACCGUGGGGAAGAUCUACGCUGGUAUUUUGCUGCUGGAGACUUGGCGAAACAACAAGUGCGUUCAGUUGGAGUGUGAUGCGCCGGAUUUGCAGGACCGCAAGAGCCACGAGAUUCAGGAGGCCUACAUCGAUGAUGGUCAUUUGCAUCCGGGUCACGAUUACAGGAAUGGCCAUCGGCGGUCUCCUAGUAUACAACGUGGAUCGGCCUUGGAACGAUCGCCUAGCCCACGGCACCUGCACCAUGACAUCGGCUUCUCGGAGACGGUUUCGAAUGUGGUGGAAAUUGCACGUAGGGAUCACCUAAUUGGUAGGCACCACUAUGGGCGCUAUAGAUACGAUAGAGGUUCCUGGUCCGUAGCCACCAGUCCAGCACGAUCGCCCUCGCCGACCCGGUUGGACACCCAGAUCAGUGCCCAUCAUCGGUACAACCGGAGGAUUCAUCCCUAUGGCACUACCAGCCUGAUGCAGCGGUCCCGAUCGCCCAGCCCUGCCCGGCUACAGGAACUGAGAGAACGAGAGAGAGAACGGUACCGCGAGGAAGUUGUAUCCCGCCCGUAUAUUCAGCACACUUAUCCAGUAUUACAAUCACACAGAGAUUUUGGAAGAAGACUGCCACCCAGACCAAUUAAACCUACCACGCUACAGUUGAAGUCUACUAAUAUUAAUUUCCCCCGUUUAAAUACUAGUCCCACACAUCAAAACCUUCACCUACCACUGAAUACCCACUCGCUGCCGUACGGUGUUCACUCGUUGCCGAAUUCGCGGGGCGAGAUCGCGCGGGAUCCCCGCAUCUAUCAUCACACCGAGAGCGAGCGGGACCGGGAGCGGGAGAGGCUGCGGGAGCGGGAACGGGACUACGGAUCGCGGUUCGUGUUCCGCGACACCGAGCGGGAACUGUUCGAGAUCGAGCGGGAGUUGGAGCGGGCCCGCGACUCCGCCCGGGAUACGGAUUACGAGAGGGUUGAACCCCUUUCGUACGAGCACCUGUACAAUCUAGGCCGCACCGGGGGCAGUACCUUCGGCGCGUCGACCCAGAACGGCUACAAGCCCAAGGUGGGCAUGCACUCGAUCUAUUCCGAAUCGGACGAAGGCGACUGGUGCUAGCAGAGGUGGUGGAAAAACCAGAAAUCGGGAGAUCCCUCGACGGUCUCCACCACAGUGCAACGCAGCCAGGCAGCGCGCAGCAGUUCGAGUUCGGAAUGCAACGACAGCAACUACAACAAUCACUCCGAGGAACAACAGCAACAGCAACAACCAUCAGCAGCAUUAGCAGAAGCUGAACUCAUAAUUGGCCGUAGGAGGAGCAACAAAACUAGACAAACAAACAAAAGAGAAAGCAACAUUAGCUAUAAGUUGAGCAUAGGUUACAAAUCGAGAUUGCCGAAGACGAUUCUCGGUCGUAUCGGCAAACACUGGAUCUUCGGCGUUUACAUCGCUAGCAAAACAAGAAGCGGUCAGGUGUUGUCAGGACAUCAAACAGAACAAAAAACAUUUACAACACCAAAAUUUGACGCCAUUUUCGUCCAUCUAGUAGAAUUUAUCGCAACGCUUUGGUUCGCGUUUUAAACGUUCUUAUUUGGCAAUCGAUCGUGGUCCCGAGAAUCGGUUCCGUCGAUUGUCACUAAUUCAACAGCUACAUAAGUCCAUCCAGAGAGAAGAAUCGAAAUAGUUUUUUUUUUCUAUUUAGUAGAAGAAAAACAAGUAAAAAAAAUCUAAAGUAGGUAGACGAUGAAAGCAAUACAGAUAGAGCACUAUCUGAAUUCCGCGGGGAAAAGGUUACGUUGGUAUUCUAAUUGAUUCUAGCAGGAGUUUAAAUUUUAAUCCAACCCGGAUUGUUCGUAUUUACUCACUCUCAUCCAAUCACUAUCGAUAAAUUAAGUAAUUUACACACUGUUAACUUUUCAUAUAAAUUUUAACGAUACGAUAAUCAUCUCUAGGAUCAAUUCACCACUCAAGUUUAUCUUGACUAUAUUUAUAGUUUAAUAACGGAAUUGUUGCCGCUUAAUCUUAUCCAAAACGAAUGUUGGAGAGAGGGAGAAAAAUAUCUCACAAGAGUGAAGUGAGGAAAAGAUGAAGCAAGGAUAUCAUCGGGUAUCAAAGAUCACAAAUCAGUAAGGACUUUAUCGAUACUGUCACUUUUUAAUUACAGAUAUAUAACGCUUCAAAAUG